CGACACCAUCCUCGACGACGAACAAGCAAGGCCUAACCUUCUGUAAUCAGCAUAGAGACUAAAGGACUUAAUAUUACAAUCAAGUAUGCCAGCAAUAACGUGGCACUAUGUCCUCAAGUUCAUCAUUACUGGCGAUGCUGCAGUAGGCAAAUCCUCUCUGCUAGUCCGUCUCACAGAUCAACGCUUCCUCGCCAACCCAGACCCCACCCUGGGUGUCGAGUUUGGCUCGAAACUGAUCGAGAUACCGGAGGAGGGGAAGAUCGUCAAGCUCCAAUGCUGGGACACAGCAGGCACGGAGUCCUUUCGCUCCAUCACGCGUUCAUACUACCGCGGCGCCGCGGGUUGUCUCCUCGUGUACGACGUCACCUCGCGCGCAAGCUAUAUCAACGCCCGCUCCUGGCUUGCCGACGUGCGCGAACACGCAGACCCGCACUUAACCUGCAUCCUCGUCGGGAAUAAAGUAGACCUCGUCUCGGAUGCCGAACCGUCCUCACAACCCUCUUCCUCUGACCCCGCAUCCUCCGACCCCAACCCCGCAUCCUCAUCGCCUUCAUCAUUACCGCCACCACCACCCUCAGGAUCAGGAUCAGGAGGCGGUAAGAUAAGAGAGGUGUCUACGGAAGAAGGCCAACGGUGGGCGGACGAAGAAGGCCUUCUGUUCGUCGAGGCGAGCGCCAAGUCGGGCGUCAACGUUGAGCGCGCGUUUGAGCAGGCCUCGCGCGACAUCCUCGACAAGAUCAAACGUGGCGUAUUUGAUGACGAUCGGUCACCUGGCGUAAAGCUCUCCAAGCCAGCGGCGACCAGUACCAAUCUCACGCUCGAGCAGCAGCCGGCCAAGGGCUCGUGCUGCUAGUACAGAGUGCAGUGGCCCCGAUAGACUGGUGCGGUUCCCUCGUACAGACGUUACAGCGAUGUCCAUAUGGUGCUGUAUAACACAGCCUACCACAUGCAUAUACGCCUUCUGGAUAGAUUCGCUUGCAAUUUGACGGUUUUCCCAUUUUAUCUUCGUUUAGUGGCGGCAGUAGUCUCGGUACUUGGUCAUAGAUAGCUAUACACGAUCGCGGUUGUGCAUGUAUGUAUGUAUGUAGUCCCUUGCAUGUAUGUAACACUUAUUAUAAAUUAAUGCUUACCCC